GAGUCAGUAAAGACUUGUGUGAGCGUCUCCUUCUUACAACACGCAGCAGUGGAAGAUGGAGAUACAUUACUGUACAUGUGCAUUGAUCUAAUGAAAUGGAUUUCAUACUCACUUCACUUCAACCCACAACUUUGGAAGGAACGAUGCUGAAGGAGAGAGUGUAAAUGCAAGCAAGCAUGAUUUCAGUCGAGGACUGGAGCCCAGACCAAGUGUCCACAUGGAUGAAGCAUAUUGGGUUUCCUCAAUAUGCGCAGAGUUUUGUGGAAAAUGGCGUUUCUGGAUUAGACCUUUUGGAAGUCACUGGUUCAGUUUUAGAGUGGCUUGGCAUUCGGGACCUCACAGACCGGCUGUGUGUUUUGGAGCAACUUGAGGAGCUUCUUCAGUCCAGUGACCCUAGCGAUAGUCAGGACCAUGAGCAGCCAGUAGUGACACACGACAGCAUCUACAGCAGCCACACAGGGAGUGUGGACCGUGCCCGAAGCUCCUCCUUUCAUGAGGUAGGCAGGUCAAAGGAGCUGGAAAUGAGGGCAGCAGCCUCAGUUUCCGAGGACACAUCGGCUAGCAGCAGUAGUGGUAGCGGUCAUACAGUUCUGCAACGGCUUUUACAGGAGCAAAUGCGCUAUGGCGAGGGCCGGAAUUAUUUUGCCCUGCAGCAACAACAACAACAGCAACAGCAGCAGCAGCAGCAACAACAACAGCAACAAGGUCCAGUAAGUGGAUACCCGGGCCCUGGCAGCCCAGGGGACGAGCACUCGAUGGUCCCUCACAUUGCGAGGCAGGAGCCUCAGGGCCAGGAGCUGCAGGCUGACAGCGGCAUGGAGAAGCUUAGUACACGCACUGCAGGAGGAGGAGGUGGUGGCAGUGGAGGCACAUUGUCAGGUGGUGGAAGCUGCGUGAGCGGUCAAGGGCAGAAUUUCGAAGACCUGCCCACCUAUGACCAAGCCAAGGUGCAGUCGCAGUAUUUCCGUGGCCAUCAGCCCCAGCAGCCUCAACCACAGAUACCCCCAUCAGUAGGUACUGCAUUUUAUGUGACUGGCGUCAGCAACCCUAAAGUGCGGCCCCCAGAGGGCAGGGCCACGGUGCAAAGAGUGAACGGAGGCAAAGUGCACCAAGACGACGGGCUCAAGGAUCUUAAACAAGGCCAUGUACGUUCACUCAGCGAAAGACUAAUGCAGCUCUCACUGGCCACCAGUGGGGUCAAGGCCCAUGCGCCUAUUACCAGUUCACCACUUUCCCCCCAGCUGCCUCCACCUGGACUUCCUGGAGACUACUAUAAACCCACUGGGCACCCACACAGAGGCCCACCACCAGACUACCCUUUUAAAGGAAUGCCCUCUCCACUCAAACAGCAGCAGCACUAUCAGCCUCAGCACCAGGAGCCUGGACACUUCUACCCAGACCACCAUGGCACAAGCCAGCCAGCCAGGGCUGACAUUCCUCAUGUCCGGUACCAGCCACCACCUGAAUAUGGCUCUUUCCGGUCAAAUAAGGAGAGUUCAAGUCACUCUCAAAGGUCUGUCCAUCACCACAGCCCUUCAUCUUCUGUUACGUCAGGGGGCUCUCUCUCCCGUGCUCAGUCUUCCACUCUUAGCAACAUCAUGGCCUCUUACCACCCUCCUCCACCUAUGGGUCACCAGGGAGAGCCACCCUUCCCCACUGGUGCUUGUAGCCCACAGGGGCCUGGUUCCCACCAAGGUGAUCCAUACGGCCCUGGUCACCCUCCCCAUCAGCGAAGCCACGCGUUUCCUCAUGAUCCUUAUGGGUCAGCUCCCAGGGGCCUCCACAUGCAUCAGCACCAGUACCACCAACAGGGCCCGCAACAGAGUCCAGGACAACACUACCCACAUCCACACUCCAUGCAGGGGGAUCCUUAUGCCAUGCUAGCCCGUGCCCAGCAGAUGGUGGCUAUGCUGUCUGAAGAGAACCGCUUGCUUAAGCAAGAGCUGGAAGUGUGUGGGGAGAAGGUGUCCAGACUACAAAAGUUGGAGACUGAGAUCCAGAUGGUGUCUGAAGCCUAUGAGAACCUGGCCAAAUCAUCCACAAAGAGGGAAGCUCUCGAGAAGACCAUGAGAAAUAAGUUGGAGAUGGAGGUGCGCAGAAUGCACGACUUCAACAGGGACCUAAGAGAGCGAAUGGAAACGGCCAACAAGCAACUCUCCGCAAAAGAGUAUGAAGGCACCGAGGACAAUCGCAAAACCAUCUCACAGCUUCUGGCUCAGAUUAAAGAGAUUCAGAGAGAGAAGGAGAAGCAGGAUAUCGAGUUAAAUUCACUUCGCUCUACCAAUGAGGACCAGCGCAGACACAUUGAGAUCCGUGACCAGGCCUUGAAUAAUGCCCAAGCCAAAGUGGUCAAACUGGAGGAGGAGCUGAAGAAAAAGCAGGUAUAUGUGGAGAAGGUGGAGCGGAUGCAGCAGGCUCUAGCACAGCUUCAGGCUGCUUGUGAGAAGAGAGAACAGCUUGAGCAUCGGCUACGCACUCGACUGGAGAGAGAGCUCGAAUCACUCCGAAUGCAACAGAGGCAGGGUGGUUCUCAGAACACAGUUGGUCCUGAAUUCAGCACAGCGGCUCUGAUGGAGCACCUGAGAGAAAAAGAGGAGAGGAUUUUGGCCCUGGAGGCCGACAUGACCAAAUGGGAGCAGAAAUACCUGGAGGAGAGUGUCAUGAGACAGUUCACACUGGACGCCGCUGCUUCUGUGGCCACCCAGAGAGACACGUCCUCCGCCAUCAUCAGCCACUCCCCCAGCAGCAGCUACGACACUUCGUUGGAGGCACGUAUCCAGAAAGAAGAAGAGGAGAUCCUCAUGGCUAACCGCCGCUGUCUGGACAUGGAGAGCAGGAUCAAGAACCUGCAUGCUCAGAUCAUAGAGAAGGACGCCAUGAUAAAGGUACUGCAUCAGCGCUCGCGGAAAGAGCCGGCCAGCAAAUUAGACGCACCUGCCAUGAGGCCCUCUAAGUCCCUCAUGUCCAUAGCUACGGGCACUGGCAGCUCCAGCGGCUCUGGGCUGCUGUCACACUCUCUGGGCCUCAGCGGAGGCAGCCCCAUCACGGAGGAGCGCAGGGAAGACCGCAGCUGGAAGGGCAGUCUGGGUGUUCUGUUGGGCCCAGAGUUCAGAGGUGACUCUCUGAGGACAGAGUCCAUCUCCUCCUCUCCAUCUCCAGUCCUGCCAGCCGCCGCACACUCAAAGACCGGCAGCAGAGACAGCUGCACCCAGACGGAAAAGGGUCAGGAGGCCAGCAAGCCGAGCACACCCGCCCUGCAGAGCGUAUCCGGACCAAGCCGGAUCAGCAGCCCGAGCCCAGUCUACAUACCUGACCGCAUCGCUGAUGUGUUUCACAGCAGUACAUUAGAGAGGAGAGCGCCUGUGCAGUCGCUCCCAGCGCAGGACGUGGACAGCGAGAUGGUGGAAAUACUCAUCUGAUCACACACACAUUGAUAAAGAAACAACUCAAAGCAGGUGAAGGAAUCUGUGCACUUCUCUUCUCUCCGUUACUCUCAGAUCAAGAUUGUCGGGAUGUUUUAAGAAUGCAUUCUUUACACAAAUCUGUAAAUAUCAAUAUACAACGUCAUUUCCAAUCAAGUUUUUUGUACAGUAUUGUCUGGUGGUCUUUUUUCCCCUCCAGACCCUCGGACCAAAUGUAUUGGCAUCAUUUUUUACAUUUAUUGCACUACUUUGUGUUUGUUUUUACUUAUUUUUUUGGGUAUGCAAUUGUUUUGUUGUGUAUAUGUACUAAUAAUACAAAUGUGGCACUUGAGUAUCAAGCGAUAUGGUGACUAGCCGAACAGUUGUUACAUGUAAAUACUGAAUCAGAAUACUGUAAAACCGAAUGUCAUAGGGCCUUUUUUAUUCUAGGACGCAUUGUCUGUACAGCACAUACUGUACAGUUCACCGCGCACUGUUUAAGAGCAAUGGACCAGCAAACGUUUACCUGUGUCCACAAGCUCAUGUAUCCGUAUGUGAAAGUAUGAGUGACCCAACUGGUUUUGGGUUUGUCUGUGUGAGAGUCUGUAGUGUUCCCAUCAGAACUGAGGUCCAUCAUUCCAGUAGAGCUACAGCAGCCACAACGUGCCUUGAGUGAGAGGUACCACAUUUAGCACCUGGUGGUAGCCAGGGGUCCCGGAAUUCUUGGUCUGUUCCUUUCACAGUUAGGAAAGCCUCCAAACUUCUCAUUUCAAUGUGAUGGUUACUCUUAAAGGGUUAGUUCACCCAAAAAUGCAAAUUCUGUCAUUAAGUACUCACCCUCGUG